GUGCAACGCACGGGGGGAGUGAUGCUAGUCUGUUGUAAAUGAGAUCUUGAAUGCGUCCGUUUUGGAACCUUUGAUUUACGGAGUACUUUUUUUUCUUCUUCAAAUUUGGGACUCCAUACCUGAUAUUUCCUGGAUCUAGUAACCUCAAUAUAUCCAUCUACGGGGGGAAACUACGCAGACGAAGAGGGAGAGAAAUAUAGAGAAUGCUGCAUAUGCAUCGCUCUGCAUCUUCCCUUCCAUGCCCGUACUCUCCGAGGCCAACACUGUUAACCUUUUUUCCAUCUCAACUGUGCUUCAACCUGAGAGCCAGGAAGGAGCAGAAGCUCUCCGUGUCGUGUGACUUCUCCUGUUUCCAAAUAAAAGAUGUCACUUAUCAACCUUCUGGGACAAAGCUCACCCUCUUAGAUCAAGUCAAUUUCUCCCUUCGUCAAAAAAGUUGUGGCUUGAUUAUUGGACGGAGUGGAAGUGGGAAAACUACUCUCUUGCAACUGAUUGCAGGACUAAACAAGCCAACAUCAGGUUCCAUUCACAUUCAACAAUAUACUGAUGAUGGACAGCCAUGUAAGUGUCCUGAACCAUUAAACCCUAGAAGCGUUGGCAUUGUUUUCCAAUUUCCUGAGAGAUACUUUGUCGGAGAGAGUGUGCUUGAUGAAAUUACAUUUGGUUGGCCAAGACAAAGAGGCACCCAUCAUGCUUCAAAGCUCCAAAAGGCUCUUGGUUUGGUUGGUCUGACAGGAAUUCCUCUGGAUAAAGACCCCAACUCAUUAAGUGGGGGCUACAAACGACGGCUUGCUUUAGCAAUUCAGUUAGUUCAAACACCUGAUUUGUUGGUUUUAGACGAGCCUCUCGCUGGUCUUGACUGGAAGGCUCGUGCGGACAUUGCAAAGUUGCUAAAGUGUCUAAAGAAAAAGCUGACUUUGCUCAUUGUCAGCCAUGACCUUAAAGAAUUGGCACCUCUGGUUGAUCAAACUUGGAGGAUGGAAAUGGGGGGAUCCCUUAAAGUCGCUGAAACUUUUCCCAUCUAAGGCAUAGGCACAAUCUGAGUGAUGACACAGGUAGUUCUCAUAUGCUAUCAUGGGAUCCUAUUAUGGAGCAUGGUUUUCACUUUCACGCCCAUAAACAAAAAAUAGUUAAGUGUCACAAACUCAAAGCUUUUUCUCUCAUUUGAUUCGGACUUGUGGAAAAACUAAUCAAAUCUGUAAUUUUUUUAAUACAGAAACUCGAAUAUGUAUUGAUAAUGCUCUGUAUAAAAAGAUUUACUGUCU